AGGAGUGUGAAGGGAUGAAUGAAAAGUCCGGAGCCUGAGAGCGCCCCCGCCAGAGCAGCGGCCAAGGUUGAGGAAGGAGCUGGGACUCGAGACCCUGCUCCACCCUGCCGGCUCCCGCUCGGCCCCAUUACCUGGCAAGCCCCGGCAUCCUCGACCCACGUCCGUGGCGCUGCCUGGGUAGGAACGCGCCUGAAGACCGCGCAGGACACCACCACUGGGCAUCCUGGGCUUGAUGUAAGUGGCCUGACCCGCCUGGGGCACGAGGUGGGGAAAGCGCCUCAGAGUCCAGCGCGCGAGUCCGCCACCUGCGACCACGGAGCUCCACACCCUCUGCACGGUCUCUGGACCUCCUUCCAGUGGGUUCAGUCCAGAUCGCCCCCUCCAGCCACUAAGGGCAUCUCUCGCUUAGACCCCCAGUGGCAUUUUUCACAUCUCUGGAUGAUUUCGGCUUCUUUUUGCACAAAACCGGCUCCCGUGCGGUUUCGUGGAUCCAGGGCUCGGCGCACCUGCCUAGCCGCCCUCUGCCCUAACCCGCAGCCCCACGUCCUAACUGCUUGCCCGUCUCUCUCUGGGUGGGGUCUUUGCCCUUGGGAGAGUCGCUGGGGAGUCUCGGGAUCACCCUCCACCCCGCCGCCAGCCACAGACUUCCCUCUGGGCCUCGGGGUUCCCCAGUGCUGGGGUUCCCGUCCGGGGCUUCGCGGUCGCUCCCCUGCAGUCGGUAGCUCGGAACAGCUCUGCGAGCUCGGCUCUGCCGCACCCACGCGGAGCUCACACUCGACCUUCCAGAGAAGGGUGUGGACACCGUGGGAGGUUGGGGAGGCCUCGGCCUAGGCCCCUUCGGUCUUCCCGGGUGACACGAAAGCCCUGAAGCCUUUCCACAAGCACAGGCGGAACCCUGCUUCUGCACGGAGGAGGAGGGAGUGGGAAAUGGGCGGUCGAGCUUGGGGCCGCUUGGUUCCAGCCUGGAUUCCCGAAUCGUCGGCGGUAGCAUCCUUUCCUCGCCUUUUUUUGAGGUCUCGUCGUGCUAGUGCGUGAGGUCCAGGAUCCCAUCUCUUCGCCUCCACACCACGCGCGUCCCCCAUCCGCCGUCGAGCGACUCGAGACUGCGGAGGUCCAGGCGGUGGCCGGGAGGCUGCGUGGAAGAGGCGGCGGCG